AUGAACAUGUCAGAGAGCCGCCCUUCUUCCUCCGGGUAUGAGCGGAGCCGCCAGGGAAGCACAAGCUCUAUUCGCAGCUGCGGCGGGAUGAGCCCCGACGCAACCAAAGAGCUGUGGAAGACCAUGUUGGAGCUACAAGAUCGAUAUGGAUGCUAUACUUCAGCGAGAAUGGAUUUGGCUGUUGCAGCUGGCGAUAUUGCUCUCUCUCUAAUGCCAAAUCCGUUCAUUCUUGACACACUCAACGACUCUGUUGUCGAUCUGCCCGAUGAGGGCUGGGAGAUGCUCAAUCGCUGCCUCCAACAAAGACAUUAA